GUAAACCCCAGGGGCUGGGAGGUGCAGCCUGGGGUAUAAAAGCCUGCCUCUAAUUGCUGCUAUGGUUCUUUGCAGCUUGAGCCCUGGGAGCUGGUUUUUCCCCACAGGUGAAAAGAGAGAAAAAGAAAGAAACAAAGAAAGAAAGGGAAGGCAGUGGGCAGGUGGCUCUGCUGGGGCACAUGCUGGUCUGCCCAUAAACCUUGGGGGAAACCUCCCUGGCUGCUUUGACCCAACUAGGAUUUCCCACUUCUUGCACCAACCUGCAGAGUUGGAAACGGAGCAGGCACCACCAACAUCUGAACAAUGGAGAGGAAGGACAGUACCCAGAAGUCUGAGGCACCUCCAGCAGAAGCACCCCAGCUUCCUCUCACCUUCUCCUGGCAGCGUGUCCUUUUGAAUUCCCGUCAGUCCUCUGCAAUUUUUAAUACUGUGAACUCAAUCAUAGGAUCCACAAUAAUAGGGUUACCUUUUUCAAUCAAGCAAGCCGGUCUUCCUUUAGGAAUACUACUUUUCUUUUGGGUCGCUUAUGUGACAGACUUUUCCCUUAUUUUAUUGAUAAAAGGAGGAGUCCUUUCUGGAACACAUAGCUAUCAGGCUUUGGUCCGCAAAACAUUUGGUUUUCCAGGGUAUCUACUCCUCUCGUUGCUUCAAUUUUUGUAUCCUUUCAUUGCUAUGACAAGCUAUAACAUAAUAAUAGGAGACACUUUAGGCAAAGUUUUAAAAAGAAUUCCUGGAGUUGAUCCUGGGAACUUUUUCAUCUGCCGCCACUUCAUUAUUGGGGUCGCCACAGUUCUCUUUUCGCUUCCUUUAUCCUUGUUCCGUGACAUAGCAAAGCUGGGAAAGGUAUCUCUUAUUUCUGCAGUUUUAACUGCAAUGAUCCUGAUAUUUGUAAUUAUUAGAGCAUUUACCCUAGGUCCAUACAUAACAAGAACAGAAGAUGCCUUGGUUUUUGCAAAGCCCAGCGCACUUCAAGCAAUUGGUGUUAUGUCAUUUACAUUCAUUUGCCACCAUAACAGCUUCUUAGUUUAUGGCUCCCUGAAGGAACCCACAGUGGCUAAAUGGUCUCGAGUCAUUCACAUAGCAGUCGUGAUUUCUGCAUUGAUCAGUGUCCUUUUUGCUACCACUGGAUAUCUGACAUUUACUGGCCUUACACAAGGAGAUUUGUUUGAAAAUUAUUGCAAGAAUGAUGACUUAAUUAAUUUUGGACGAUUUUUUUUUGGGAUCACUGUCAUUUUGAGUUAUCCAAUUGAAUGUUUUGUGACCAGAGAGGUAGUUGCUAAUGUUUUCUUUCAUGGGAACCUUUCAAAAAGGUAUCAUGCUAUAGUGACAACAGUCAUCAUUACUAUGGCUACAGCAUUGUCAAUGAUUGUUGAUUGUCUUGGGAUCGUGCUGGACCUCAGUGGUGUCCUCUGUGCUGCUCCACUUAUUUUUAUCAUCCCAUCAGCUUGUUAUCUGAAACUCUCUGAAGAAAGAUGGAUCCACCCAGAUAAGAUUAUGUCUACUGUGACUCUUUUAAAUGGUGUGGUUGUGAUGGUAGUUGGAUUUGUUAUGACAAUUCUGUAUCCUGAUGACUGCAGCCAUGGACAGGAAAUGGCCUAUUGUUUAUCCACUAAUGCCUCUUUCUUCAAUAACUCAUUCUCUUCUUUUGAACCAACAAUACAAUCAACUUUUUUUAAUACAAGUACUGUCCAGUAAUCUAGUUGCUAAUAAAAAUAUGAUAUUAUAAUUUUAUGUGACCUAUAAGUUUUGACAUGAGUAAUUGUAUUUCUUUCUGUUGCCUUAUCUUGUGUUCAGGAGAUCCCUUUUUAUACCCUGGCCUUUACUCAGAUUUCAGUUUCUUUUAUAUUGUGAGGCACUGCCUCUAUUUUGAAUAAAGAAGUAGAUUUGGCUGAAUUUUGAUUUUGCAGUAGGACAUAAGUCCAAAGACUUUUGAUUGUUAAAAAUAGUGUGAGAACGCAAAUCUUUAAAAAAAUCUACUAGCUCCCCCAAAUGAUCAUUUCAUCCACUUAAUCUUUGAACUAGCACAUUGUUCUCUGAAAUAAGGAAUGGAAAGUAAGAUUUCUAAUUCUUUUGUCUUCAUUUAAAAUUUUCAAGACCAAGUCUUUAGAAGAAAAGAAAAGAUAAAGUAAAGGCCAACAAAAAUAUCUAUACUGCAGGUUAGAUGGAAACACCACUCAUUAUAAUGCCCAGUGAUUUACCUCCUUUUGAGUAAAAUACUAAAAAACUACUCUGUUCUAUUUUGUGGAUUUCUAGAGGAAGUGUAUCCUUUCUGCCAAACCCUCCCUGACUUUCGACUUCCCUAUUAAAUAUCAAGGUUACUUGUCCAAGUAACUCAAAUUUGAAACCUGGGUGUCAUCCUCCUUUGACUCCUCACUUUCUCUCACUCCUGACUUGAUCUAUUGUGAAGUAUUGUAAUUUUACCUUUGUAACAUCUCUUGCCUUUUCUCUCCUCUUACACUUGUCUGUUGUAGGUUCUCAUCAUCUUUUGCCUGGAUUAUUGCAAUAGCCUUCUGGUAUAUUUGUCCUGCCUCAAGUCUUUCUCCACUACAGUCUACCCCCUACUCAGUCACUAAAAUGACCUUCUAAUGGGCAGAUCUGAUCAUGGUACCUCCUCCCUUAUCAAAUUCCAAGUGGCUCCCUAUUACAUCCAGAAUCAAAAAAUCAAAUCCUCUGUUUGGCAUACAAAAUCCUUCAUAGCUUCCUCCCCCUCACACCUUGACCUUUGCAAUCUUGUAAUACUUUAGU